AUGUCUGUCAAUGGAACUUACGAUUAUAUUGCACCUGAAAUAUUAAUAAGCAAAGAAUACGAUGCUAGUGUAGAUAUUUGGAGUUUAGGAGUGAUUUUUUUUGAAGUUUUGGUAGGAAAAUAAUUUUUUCGUCUACUUAACUUAGAUAAAAUUCAAGAUUAUAUAAUUAUUUCUCAAAUAUAAAUUAAUUGGAUAAUAAAAGCACAAAAAAAUCUAUAGAAUAAAGAAGUAGAAAUAUUGAAUAAAAUGAUUGUCUAACGUUUAAAUAUAUAGACUGAUUGUUCUUUAAACAAAUCAAUUUAAAGGAUAAAAAUAAAUGAUUUGGUUGAUGAGCUAGAAAAUAUGUAUAAUUUAGACAUUAGUAUUUCAUCUUUGAUUGUAGAAAAUAAGUUUUUGAAUUGGGAAAUCAUUUCAGAAUUUAAUGGUCCAUCAGUUUCAAUUAAUUAAAGUUUAAGUAUCCAAAAUUCAAAUAAGUCCUAAAUUGAAGAUAUUAUACCCAAAUUACCAGAAUUAUUAAUGUAAAAUGCUAAAAAUUCAUAUUUAAGAAAUGAUUAAGUAAAUUAUAUUCCAAAAUCAGCAAGCUAAAGUAUGUGGAUCAAUAAAGAAGAAAUAAAUAAUCAUUAAUAGUGUGGAGAAUAUGGAAAGAAUUUAAAUAAAAAGGGUAAAUGGAUAGCUAUCUGGAAAGGAGAAUAAUUAUAAAAUGCUGGUGGAGUAUAUGAUGGUAUUCAAAAUAUUAAAUUCUUUGAUGAAGGAAAGAAAAAGGGGAAACGGAAGGAACUCUUUCAUAAUUUUCGAAGGUAAAUUUUUAUUACAACAAUUAGUUAAGCAUAAGUAUAUGAAGUUUGCGAAUAUAUUAAUUCUAGGAGGUCUGGAAUAUGGAAGUAUUUGUAUAAAGAUUAAGAGAUGUAAGAAUAUUUAUAUUUACUUUAUUUAAGUGCUCAAGGAAUUUAUAAUGAAUUUGGUUAAAAGAAUGGUAAAUGGAUUGAGUUGAGUGAAAGAUUUUAGGAGUAUAUAAAGAUUAUUAAAUUAUAAGUAAAUGCCAAAUAAUUUAUGAUGGUGUAUAUAAAAAUUGUAAUAAAGUUGGUAAAUGGUAUACAAUGGAGAGAGAAAUAAUUUUCAAUUAAUGUAAUUAUCAAAUUUAUACUUAAAAAUGGUGGAGAAUUUUAUGAAGUAAAGAAAGGUAAUAAUAACUCGAUUAAAAUUGGAAGCUGGAUUGAAUUGAGUAAUUGUUUUUCUAAGUAUCUAAAUGAUUAUUAAAGUUGAAAGUUCCAGUUUAGUCACUUAUAAAGAUUCAUAUAAUAAUGGGUUAAAAAUUGGAAAUUGGCAAAUUUUUUGGAAUUAAAAUGGAGAUAAUGAAAAGAUGUAUUUAAUUUAAUUAAUUAUUUCUUGAAAGUGGUGGUGGAUCGUAUGAGUCAAAGGAAUAUAACAAUCAAUUAGCAAAAUCUUAGAAAAUUGGAAAUUGGAUUGAAUUGAUUGAUAAUUAUAAGAAGUAUUUAGAGUGACUAUAAAUUGUAAGGGAUAGAUAAAUCACAUUCGUAGGAUAAUAUAAAAAUGGUAUGAAAGUUUAUAAAUGGGAUACAAUAUUUAAAUAAAAUUAGCAAAAUGAGAUUAUGUAACAUAAUCUUAAAUAAUAAAUUUUUAAAAGUGGUGGUGGAUCAUAUUUGGAGAAUUUAGUUGAUUGUGAGGAUUCUAUAAAGAUAGGAAGAUGGAUUGAAUUGAGCGAUAAUUUUAAAAUGUAUUUCAAAAGUUUAAUAAAUUUUAGGGAUAGUUAAAUAAUCCAUGUUGGCUCAUAUAAAAAUAAAUAUAAAGUUGGUAAAUGGCAUAUUUUUUAUAGAAAAAUUGAGAAAUUUUAUAAUUUCUACUAUUCUUUCUAUUGGAUACUUAGUAUCUUUAAUAAUUAUUAUAAUUUAAAAUUGCAAAAGAAAUAAUCAUAAAAUUAUAUUGAGGGAACUAAGAAAUAAAUAGCAUGA